AUGGAUGUGCUGGAUUUUAUCACAUCGCAAAAGGUUUUGGUGGGCAAAUCGCAGAAAACAGCGGCUUCUAGCACUGCACAAUCUUCGGGGCGGGACGACGACGAGAAGCGAUGCAAACAACUGAAACGAGUGAUCCGCGCAGAAAACUCUAAACGAAAACCAUGUGAAGAAACACUCAAGCGCGCAAUUGAUGAAUUGCGCGAGAUCCGUCGCAAGACAUCGCAGAAAGAAGCAGAGGGAGACGGGAAACCCCUGCCAGUGGCGUCUCUAGAAAAUAUCAGAGGGCGCCAAAAUAUGGCAGGAACAACGGACUGGGCAGAUGCGGCCGAAGUCAAGAAACGCAAUCGUCAAAAUCGUCGAUUUGUAUUCUAUAUGCCUGCUGGAAAUGCAGCAGGAACUGAUGUUUCAAUCGGUCGCAAGCGAUUAUCUAUAGUUAAUGUACUUGUCAUAUUGUUCCUGAGUAAUCUUCUCCGACCACAGCAGCCGCUUAAGGUGCAGUCGGUAUAA